GCCGCAUUUCGCGAUUCUGGUCAGCGAGCAGACUGUUGCUUCCCAUUAGGCCCUUCGAUGCUCUCCAACGGUCUUGCGAGAUAACGCAAGCUCCUCGACGUGCGUGAUAAUAGCUGAACACGUCAAAAGUCGGGGAGCUUGUUCGAGUCGCUGACACUGCAUGCUCAUGUCGUCCUUCAUCACACCGUUGCUCUGGGCAUUCGUUCCUUCUUACCUCACAAGCCAAGCUCUACCCAUUCUAUCGACAUACCUACCUGGUGUUUUCCCUCCUUCGUCCCCUGGAUCUCCUGCAUAUGCACGCAACUACCGAGUGACCUUCACACUCUUUGUUUGUGGAUACCUGGUCUGGUCCUUCUUCAACAGUGGAGGUGUCAAGCCCGAUCAGAAUUGGUACACUCUGUUAGCUGUCUCCAGGGAUGCAGAGGAUGAACGGCUCAAGACAGCUUUCCGAACAUUAUCUCGAACUUAUCAUCCUGAUCGAGCUGGAGGCGGAGAUGAAAGCCGAUUCAUUCUGAUUCGUCAAGCGUAUGAAACCUUGUCGGAUCCAAUCAAGCGAUACGCUUACGACCGCUUUGGACCCGAUAUCGUCCUCUGGAAAGAGUGCAAAACCGUCAAAGACUUUAUCUACGCGGGCAUCGUAAGGUCCGUAGGUUUCUACAUCUUUUCUGGAGGUGUCAUGGUUCUCAUCACAGUCAUUGGGAGAGUCCAGCAGACCAGCUAUGUUAGAUUGUCUACGAGCUCACGAGAUGGCCACGCUGACGGAUCCCUCAAAGUGGAACAAGAAUCUCUUCGCUAUGCUUCUCUUCCUCGAGCUUUACCUCAUCUUGUCCCCAACACCAGCUAUAGCACCUAUCCUUUCGCGCUUCACUGUACUCGGUCGACCGCAGUUCGCUCAAGUCGAACUGGCUCAUAGACUAUGGGCGAGCUUGAGCAUAGCCAUCAACCAAUUGGCAGGCGUAUGGGCUCCUCAAGAAGUUUCUGAUGAAA